UUGAUUGAUUAAAAAGAAGAAUCUACUUCAACCGAUAUGCCCUUAGGCACGGCCAUACAUAACAUAGAAAUCACACUUGGAAAGGGUGGACAAUUAGCUAGAGCAGCGGGUGCUGUAGCGAAACUGAUUGCAAAAGAAGGGAAAUCGGCCACAUUAAAAUUACCUUCUGGGGAGGUCCGUUUGAUAUCCAAAAACGGCUCAGCAACAGUCGGACAAGUGGGGAAUGUUGGGGUGAACCAGAAAAGUUUGGGUAGAGCCGGAUCUAAGCGUUGGCUAGGUAAGCGCCCUGUAGUAAGAGGAGUAGUUAUGAACCCUGUAGACCAUCCACAUGGGGGUGGUGAAGGGAGGGCCCCAAUUGGUAGAAAACAACCCACAACCCCUUGGGGUUAUCCUGCACUUGGAAAAAGAAGUAGAAAAAGGAAUAAAUAUAGUGAUAAUUUGAUUCUUCGUCGCCGUAGUAAAUAGGAGAGAAAAUAGAAUUUCUUUCUUCGUCUUUACAAAACAAAAAAAUAGGAGGAAGCUGUGACACGUUCACUAAAAAAAAUCCGUUUGUAGCGAAUAAUUUAUUAAAAAAAAUAAAUAAGCUUAACACAAAAGCAGAAAAAGAAAUAAUAAUAACCUGGUCCCAGGCAUCUACCAUUAUACCCAUAAUGGUCGGCCAUACUAUUGCUAUCCAUAAUGGAAAGGAACAUUUACCUAUUUAUAUAACAGAUCGUAUGGUAGGACACAAAUUGGGAGAAUUUGCACCUACUUUAAAUUUCCGAGGCCAUGCAAAAAGCGAUAAUAGAUCGCGUCGUUAAAAAACGUUUGUUUAUGUAUAAUAAUAUAUAUAGAUAUUUAUCAUUGAUUAGUAGGAGGCGAACUUUAUGUUAAAUAAGAGAACAACAGAAGUAUACGCUUUAGGUCAACAUAUAUCUAUGUCUGCUCACAAAGCGCGAAGGGUAAUUGAUCAAAUUCGUGGGCGUUCCUACGAAGAAACACUUAUGAUAUUAGAACUCAUGCCUUAUCGAGCAUGUUAUCCAAUUUUUAAAUUAGUUUAUUCUGCAGCAGCAAAUGCUAGUUUCAAUAUGAGUUCGAAUGAAGUAAAUUUAGUCAUUAGUAAAGCUGAAGUCAAUGAAGGUACUAUUGUGAAGAGAUUAAAACCUCGCGCUCGAGGGCGUAGUUUUGCGAUACAAAAACCUACCUGCCAUAUAACUAUUGUAAUGAAAGAUAUAUCCUUAGAUGAAUAUAUAGAUACCGACUCUAUUACAUGGUCACAAAAACCUAAAUCGAAAAAAAAGCAUACAACUAUGUCGUAUUAUGAUAUGUAUAGUAAUGGGGGAACAUGGGACAAAAAAUAAAUCCAAUU